CAACGCAAGAAGAACAAUAAUAAAUAAACAGAUUUUUGGGGGGUGAUUUGGAUGAGAAAAACUCAGCAAAAGUGGGGUUUUAUGUGUCAGCAAAAAAAUCUGAAAACUAGGAACAAUUAUCUUCACUUUAUUUCCUCCUGCUUUAACAACUUUCUCUUGUAGAGAGUCACGCAUUUGGCGUUCUCUGGUGGAUUAUAUUGGACAAACAGGUCACACUAGAAACCUGGUCUGCCACUCUCAAAAGUUUGUCAGGUGAAUAUCAUUUUCUAUGUCUGUUGAAGAAAGAGAGAGUUUAUGCCCAAUUUUCUUUGGGAUUUCAUGCGCAUUUUCCUCUUUGAGGUUCCUGCUGAAUUGGGACAUGCCUGAGAUGAAGAGUAAUAUGCUCUUAGGGUUUCUGGUUUGGAAGAUUCAAAAGGAAGAGGCUAACAGAAAGGUUUCUGCUGUCAUUCUUGAGCUGGGAAAUGCCCGGAGAGAAAUUGAAGAGUUGAAGAAACUGAGGAGCGAAGAUGCAAAAGCCAACGAAAGAGUUGUUGGGAUUUAUGCAGCACAGGAGCAGGUCUGGCUUACAGAAAGGAAGAAACUCAGACAGCACAUUGGUGCUUUGAUGCAGGAACUGAGAAUUCUCGCGACCAAAAAGGAUAGAUCCAUUUCGGAAUUGCUCCAGAGCUUGAAUGAAAAAGAAUCCGAUUUGCAGUCGAAAGACAAGACCAUUGAAGAAGAAACACAGAAAUCCAAUAAUCUUGAAGAGGAAUUGAAAAGGGCAGAAAGUGUUGCAGAAGAGUUGAGGGCUGAGCUUGCUCUGGCAUUGCAGCAAAAGGAACAGUCUUUGUCUAUGGUGCAGAAACUCUCCAUGGACAUUGUCAAGGUGAAAAAGGACUUGGAACAGAAAGACCAGAUCCUGUCAGCCAUGCUUAGGAAGUCCAAACUCGAUGCGUCCGAGAAACAAAUGCUUUUGAAGGAACUGAAACUGUGUAAAUCCAAGAGAAAGCAAGCUGAGCUAGAGACUGAGAGAUGGAAACUCCUUUCUGAUCCAAGGCAUGAAAAGCUAUCAUCUUUAAGAAAUCUCUUGCCUAAACAUGUGAAUUCAAAGCUUGAUGUCAUUCCCAGUGGUAAGGGACUGCUCUUGGAUGAGAUUCUGCAAUCAAAUGGGUGUGAUAAAGAUCCAUAUCUAUUUUCUCCUACUGCAAUUGACAACUAUUCAGGAGAGGAUCACGAGAAAUCUUUAGCUGAAGUUGGGCAGUUGGAAAAUUGGGUUCGGUCUGCAGCAGCAGCAGCAGCAUUUGAUCAAAGACAUCACCACCUGGAAAUCGAUGCAUUUGCAGAACAACUGAGAGCCAAGGAUGAGAAGCUUGAAGCCUUCCGAUGGCGAUUACUCAGCAUGGAAAUGGAGUCUAAAAGACUCCGAUCCCAUUUUGCAGCCAUGGACCAAGAAGCAGCACAUCUCAGACAAGAGAAGAUGAGGCUGGAAUCACUUCUCUCAAAUCGCGAAGCAGAAUUGGGUUCUUUAAAACAGCUUCUGAACAACAACAGUUCAAGGGAUGCCCCGGAUUUCCCCCAAGAAAAGGGCAUAAUAGGCGACACAUUUCCAUCCAAUGCUGAGAUUAAUCCGCCAACGUGGAAGAUGAACCUUCAUGCUCUUGGAGUCUCCUGCAAGAUCAAGAUGCUGAAGCAGAAGCUUCUUAUGCUCGAACGGCUGACUGGAAAACAAGCCCAAUUUGAAAAAGACAACAACAGUGUUCGCUUGAACAUUCAAGGAUUUUACCUCUUUAUGUCCGUAUUGAAUAAGCAAUUGUCAAGAUACGAAUCUCUUCAGGAAAAGAUCGACGAUCUCUGCAGGCGUAUGCACGAAAGCGAGGCAGACACAACAACAGAAAGGUUGGGAAGUAGAAGGAGGAAGGAGGAGACGAAGAAGCUGGAACACUUUCUUGACGAGACAUUUCAGUUGCAGAGAUACAUGGUUGCGACAGGGCAGAAACUGGUGGAGAUUCAGAGAAAGAUUGGCUCCGUGUUUGUUGGAGUGUUCAGAGAGGUCGACGACAGACCAGACAGCCUCUUUGACAUGAAGAGGUUUGCUGACAACGUUAGAGCACUCUUCAAAGAAGUCCAAAGAGGGCUUGAGGUUAGGAUUGUUCGAAUCAUUGGAGGUCUGGAAGGGGCUUUGGCUUGUGAUGGCAUUACACUACUGAAAACAUAGAAACUUUCUCAUUGCUUCCUUCGACCAUCGACAUACUACAGUAUUGUUGAGAAAGGGGAAAAUUUGCAUUUUGUUCUCCCGUUAGAGUGAGAAAUAAACACAUUUGGAUCUCUCUGUGGUUACGCUUUUUGUUACUCGGAGGAUCGAAACAAACAAGUUCUCAUUAUUCCAUUUAUUUUAGGGACUAAUCGUUAUAAUAUGUGUCCGACUCUUGAGUUUUCCAUUAACCUUGUUAAGCUUACAGGCGAUUAACAAACCGUUUACAACUGUUCGUAGAUGUACCCUUUACAAGAUUUCAACCGCUCAGACUUCUCUUCCAAGACUUCAGCCACUAAUAUUACAAGUUCUUAGCAAACCCUACGCUCAAUGAGAAGAAUUGAUCUUCUCAAACCUCUCUAUCAUGAUAUGAACUCCCUAGAAAGUGAUUAUGAUAGCUUAGAGAGUGAGGGUUAUAAGAAAGAAGAGAUGUGCAAGCAAGCAAUUCAAAUUCAAGCUGGGCAUGGGAUUCGGGUGACUACAGGAGUUCAAGGAUGCCACUAAAGAGCACUCUGUGCUAAAUGGGAGGCAAACCAAGUUUGAAAAAAAAAUGACAAAAUCAGGGUUAGAGUGAGCUGCAAGCAAGAAUUUGGUUUCUUGGCAUUGGUUAGUAAUGUUG